AUGCUGUUCUCCAAGAAAUUUGACCCCAAGACCGACCUGAAUGACCUUUCUGGGAAGGUCGCUCUCAUUACAGGCGCCAAUUGUGCUACAGUCAAACACCUGGCGGUAAAAGGUGCAAAGGUGUACCUGGGUUCACGAUCAGAGGAGAAGGGAAUCGAGGCGGUACAGAAGCUGACUGAUGAGGGUAUAGCGGCUGGUCAGGUCAUAGCCCUUCAAUGCGAUAUUGGCACACCGGCUUCUGCUAGACAAGCUGCAGAAAAUUUUCUCAAACUAGAGAAUCGUCUCGAUAUUCUUGUCAAUAAUGCUGGAUGUACAUACGACACUACCGAUAAAACAGCUGCUAAUGGUUUGUCGAUUAUCCGUAGUUUCAUACGGAAGCUAGAUGUGGCUGACGUCUUGGGGCAUUUCCAGAAGUUGACCAAAUUAUUUAGUCAUUUUGGAACAUUCCAAUUUACAAAAUCACUCCUUCCUCUGCUUAUCAAGACGUCCGAGGAAACUAACUCUGAUGUUAGAAUCGUUAAUGUUUCAUCAGAAAUACAUCGACGAGGAUUGGGAUCGAAACCCUUUGUUGAUUUUAGCACCAUCGAGCCAUUCAAGGAGACCUACGCCAACGACAUGGUACCCUGGAUGUCUCGAUACAUCGUCUCCAAACUCGCUAUGGUCACCUUUUCUAAUGCUCUUCAACGCAAGCUAUCCUCGACAAGCAUCAUCUGCAUGUCGAUUCACCCUGGGACAGUCAACACGACGUUCCAUACCCACUUCAACUAUCCACGGCUAACAAACUUCAUCGCCUCGAUCUUCUUCAAAGGCCCAGAGGAAGGUGCAUACAACUCUGCUCUUGCUGCCGCUUCACCGAUUGUGCGACAAUGCGCGGACAAGUACAAGGGUGCCUAUCUUUAUCCUGUUGGUCGAAUCAUUAGCCCCGCGCCCGCAACUAUGAGUACUCAAGUACAGGAUGAUUUAUGGGAGACAACGGAGAAGUAUUUGCGUGAACAUCCCUAA